UGAAAGCGCGUGACGAAAUAAGGGCCGCCUUGUUUGGGAGGGGUUUCUGAGGGGGCUUGUGACGUCAUCAGCCAGCUGGGAAAGAUGGCGGCUGAGAGCGAUGUCCUGUGUGAGAUUGAGGUUCUGCAGUCCAUCUAUCUGGAUCAGCUGACCGUCACCCGGAAUGAUGAUGAUGGAGGAUGGAGAGUCAGUGUGAUCCUCCACCCCUCCACUGGAGAAGACUGUCUGGCGCAGUUUGUCCGGCUCACGCUCACACUGGACCUGGAUUCAGAGUACCCGGCAUCUCCUCCCUACAUCUCCAUCUACCAUCCCCGAGGUCUCUCCGAUGACAAGCUGCUCAGUUUACAGCGCAGUCUACACUCGGAGGCUGAGGAGUGUGUGGGGACGCCAGUGCUGUAUCAGCUCAUUGAGAAAGCCAAAGAGAUCCUGACUGAGAGCAACGUUCCUCAUGGCAACUGUGUGAUCUGUCUGUACGGCUUUAAGGUGGACGAGGUGUUCACAAAGACGAGCUGUUAUCAUUAUUUCCACUCCCACUGUCUGGGCCGCUACAUCACGCAUUCUGAGGAGGAGCUGCAGGAGCGAGUGAGGGAGCUGGAGGAGGAUAAGACCAGAGACGGAGGGGAGGAUGAGGAGCUGUGUGUGGUGUGUCCCGUGUGCAGAGAGCCACUGAUGUAUGAUGUGAAGGCUCUGCUUUCAUCUCCAGUACCGAACUUCCCUCCGCAAGAGGAUGAAGCUGUCACUGCUGAGUUUAAAAGAAAGUGGGCGGAGCUACAGAAGAUUUUGGACCAUCAGAGAGAGAAAGGCGGAGUCAUCGACCCCGAGGCAGAGUCAAAUCGCUUCCUCAUUCACAUUAACCAUGCUCCGAAUGACUCCUCAGACCCCGCCUGCACUGACGUGCCAGAUCCUGACUCUGCCCAACCUCUGCCUCCUCCUCCUCCUCUCCCUCCUGAGUGCUCUAAUGAGAGCCCUCGUGCUCCUCGAGCGGAGAACACCUCAUGCCUGUCCCAUCGCCGAGCUCCUCACACUCCUCGUGCUCCUUAUGGCAGGAAACAGCAUGUGGAGUUUAGAGGAGGCAGGAGAGACCGGGGAAAAGGAGGUGGUGGACGAGGAGGACAUGCAGCUCGUGUGGUUCCUCUUCCUGUGCUGGAGAACACCCUGGCUAAGCUCAGUGUGUCUGCAGCAGAAAGCAGCAGGAACGGUGGAGCACUGCAGGCCACCAGUGAACACCGAGACAGACAUUUAGUCGAAGUCAAAGAGCAGCCGAGACGGGCUUUAGGAGACAAGAGCGUUGAAACCAGCCAUCAGGAGACACCAGAGUCGAAACAUGAACAGGAUGUCACAUCAGAUGGAGCUCAAACUGGCGCGAGAGAACGAGGAACGAGGGAGGAACGAGCUGGGGGAAGGAGGCAUGGACCACGUGGGCCAUUGUACAGCCACUGGCAUGAGAGAAACCCUCAGUGGGAUAAUAGCGGGAACGUCCAUCACUACCGUCACCAUCACAGAGGAGCAAGAGCACCCCGGGCGGGUCAUCAUAGAGGAAACGGGAAAAGCCUGUAUCAGAGAACCGAGAGCGAGUUAAGGAAGGAAGGAGUUCUCUGACAGUGGGAGGAGGGAGGAGCGCACACACUGACCAGCUUCCCUCCCACCUCGCUCACCUCUCUCACCUCUACCUGCAUCAACACUGUUGUAAUAAAACUCAACACCUGUGCGAUAGUGAACGGUGUGUUUAUUUCUCCUCAGCACAAAAUAAAACGCACAUGCACAAAAAAA